GACACAUUUAGACGUUGCACACGGGACGCUUCCUGUUUCUUUUUGUUGAUAUUCACCGAUGUGAUCUUUAAAAAAGUCGAACGGUAGUUAUUUUCUUUCUUUUCUUUGCUUUGUUACAAUGGGACAUGAUUUUAAUAAAGGAAGUGGCGCAUAAUAUAGAUUUUUUGUGAAUUGGGUCUGUAGUUGCGCCGUCGGUUGCUGGUUGUUAAUUUAGCAUGCUUUCAUUCAUGUUGCUCUCACCAGAGUUAUUCAGGGCUCAGCUGGUUUGAUGCCCACUGCUUCAAGAUGGAGUCUCCAGAUUUCAGUAUACAUAAGAAUGGACGACAGAGAAAGCUGGUGGGUGCCAGCCUCUCGUCAGUAAACACAAGAGAUAUGGAAAAUGAGGAAACAUCUGCCUCUGAACCAGAUCUACAGGACGAUAUGGAGAGUCUUAUUAGAGAGGCAGGCUCAGAAGACAGGCGGCAUAAGGGCCGGCUUGGGAUUCGUGGGGAGCUGGGGAAUGUGUUGCUUCUUUUGUGUCUCUAUGUGCUGCAAGGGAUUCCUCUGGGCCUUGCUGGAAGUAUCCCUCUGAUCUUACAGAGUAAGAGUGUCAGCUACAAAGACCAAGCCUUCUUCAGCUUUGUCUUUUGGCCAUUUAGCCUCAAGCUGUUGUGGGCACCAAUGGUGGAUGCUCUCUACUUCAGCAGGUUUGGUAGAAGAAAGUCCUGGCUGGUGCCCACACAGUACCUGCUGGGUCUGUUCAUGUUGUACUUGUCUGUAACAGUCAAUUCACUGCUACAGAGUGAGGAAGGACCAAAUGUACUGACACUUACUGCAGUCUUCUUUAUGCUUGCAUUCCUAGCAGCCACACAGGACAUAGCUGUGGAUGGCUGGGCCCUGACCAUGUUAUCGAGAGAGAACGUGGGUUAUGCAUCAACAUGCAACUCUGUAGGCCAGACAGCUGGCUACUUUCUUGGAAAUGUACUCUUUCUGGCUCUGGAGUCUGCUGACUUCUGUAACAAAUACCUCAGAAUGGAGCCCAAAGAGACAGGAAUCAUUACUUUGUCAGAUUUCUUGUUUUUCUGGGGAAUGGUGUUUUUGGUUUCCACAACACUAGUAGCCAUCUUUAAAAGGGAAAAUCAACAGGGCAAAGGAAAGAGGAGAGUCCAGGAGGAGACACAAGGCGUCAUGGAAACCUACAAGUUGCUGUUCUCCAUCAUCAAGAUGCCCACAGUCUUCACCUUUUGUGCCCUGCUUCUCACCGCUAAAGUUGGUUUCUCUGCAGCAGAUGCCGUGACGGGUCUUAAACUGGUGGAGGCAGGAGUCCCAAAGGAACAGAUGGCAUUGCUCGCAGUGCCCAUGGUGCCGCUGCAGAUCCUUCUACCAGUGGUUAUCAGUAAAUACACAGCAGGGCCCAGACCUCUGGACAUCUUUUACAAGGCCUUCCCUUUUAGGCUGCUUAUAGGGCUGGGGUACGCUCUGCUUGUGUGGUGGACCCCAAGUGUAAAACAAGAAGGAGGCUUCCCUGUUUACUACUAUGCCAUAGUUCUGCUUAGCUACGCUCUGCAUCAGGUUGCUUUGUACAGUAUGUACGUGGCCUGCAUGGCCUUUCAUGCCAAAGUGAGCGACCCCCUCAUCGGUGGAACCUACAUGACCCUGCUAAACACAGUCACUAACCUUGGAGGAAACUGGCCCUCCACUGUGGCUCUGUGGUUGGUGGAUCCACUAACCUCUAAGGAGUGUCAGGGGGCUGCCGGCCAGAGCUGUGGCUCUUCAGAAGAGGCAGGGCUGUGUGUUAAGGAGGGAGGCGUUUGCGUCACAACAAUGGACGGCUACUAUGUGGAGUCAGUUGUGUGUGUUGUGAUUGGCUUAGCCUGGUGGAUCUGGUUAGGGAAGAAGAUGAAGCGGCUGCAGGAGCAGAGCCCUUCUGCUUGGAGGUGCAGAGUUAACCAGUAAUGAUGCUAUCAACAAACCAUGGACUCCAUGGUGCUGCACACUGCUGCACCUUCUCUUAUUCACCCAAAAUGCUAAAUGCUGAACACACUGGAAUUCCCUCCGCAUGGGUGUAAUUGAUUUCCUCUGGACUCACUGAUUCCCACUUUGUCACUAUUAUCAUAUUGAGGGACCUAAAUAUGAAGAAAGACACCGCCGUAUUGUUUGUGGAGGUUAAGGUCCUCAUUCAUGGCGAAGAACUCAACAGAAUACGAACUUCAUACUGUGCUGCUGGAAUCGCGUAUCCCAACUUAAAAUUCUCCGGGUUUUUAGGACCUGCGUGAAUCACCAAAUGGUUCAGGUUGUUACAUUUCAAUGUCCAAAGACACAUGGAAGUAAAACAAAAAAACUUUGAUGAAAAUACAGUUCGCAGCCUUACACUGGCAUUGAUUCAGUGUAAUAGUCAUUUGUAUAAAACGUCUGUUUUUGAGAUGUUUUUAUUCUUACUUUAAAUGAUCUGAUCUGCCAUCAUGCUAUUAAAUUCGACCUAUCUGGCAGACAACAUUGGUUCAGCCCAGUGUGAAGGACACCUGUUGCUUUUUAGCUCUGGACCAUUUCCUGGGUGAUCAUUUAAAUGUUUUAUUCCCCCAAACAUUUUGUGCCUUGCUUAGCAUAUCAAAAACUUUGAAGAUAUCCAGCAUCAACCAUUCCUAGCCAGGGUGGAGCUGCAGGGAACGUGAAUGUGCUGUUAAGGUGGUGCAUACUGUCCGUUUAUUUUUACAUAGGCCACGUAUGAAGCUGCUCACUACACAUUUCUUGAGAAGAAUUUUAAUGCACUGGGAAAUCUGCAUAGUUUCAAACUGAUGUCAUCAAUGGUUAAAAGCAGUAAUACGUAUAAAGUUCUGCAAUCAUUUCCCAUUUUGCUGAGCUUUGAUCAGUUCUACUCAUCUACUCCUUGAAUCUCCUGAGUGGGUUAUAAACUACAGAGCAAAUAUCAAGGUUCAGAUCUGGGAGAAUUCUAGCACAGCCCUCUAUGGGCAUUAUUUACGUAGGUGUUAUAAAAAAUGUGUUUGGCAGGAGAACUUACUGUAGUUUGAAUUUGUUAUUGGCUGAUCACCAAAUACGUUUACAGUACAACUAAAUGUUAGAUUUCUCCAAAGGCAGCGAUUAAAAAAAACAACCACUCUGGUUCAUGUAACAAAAGAUAAGAGAAAGUCACAGAUUUUUGCAAUUUCUUAUUUCUAGGGUCUCGUUUAUGACUGCAGUUAAGUUUAAAGAAUCUAUAACAGUUAUUAUUUUGGCCACAGGUUUCUCAUCAAAGCUCCUUAAGCUUUAUAUUACACAUACACACUUUCUGCAGCUUCACUGACCAGUUCUGUGGAUUCCAUAUUCCAUGAUGUUGCUACACUGUCUUUUGGACCAUUUGCAGUCAUUUGUGGCAGCAAAUCUCUUGUCUCAAAUGACAGCUGAGAUCAUUCAGUUAAGACAGCAUGUUUGCUUAUUUUAUUCUUUGUAUGUGAUUAUUGAUUUAAAAUUUUCUCUCUUUAAGUUGGGCUUUCAGCUCCUACUGGCUUGAUUGUGGUGAAUUUGAAUAUUUCAGUACAAUGUUACUGCACAUCCCUUUAAUUGAAAAUGUUCCACGUAAAUCUUUUUUUCUUUGCAAGAUGUUUGUUUGCACUUAGUCAUUCAUAAAUAAAAAUUAUAGCACAGGUUGAUAUCAUGAGAAACCAAUACAAUAUUAAGUGUUUGCUGCAGUGCUCUAUAACGUUUUGAUAAAACUUUUUAGGAUUUAAAACUAAAGAACACAUGUCAUUUAAAUCCUGUUAACUUGUCUGAAACACAAUGCAAGAAAGAAAAUAGACCAAAUUGACCUGAUUUUUUUAUUAUAAUGUUCCUUGUUUCUAAGGAAAUUCUAAAACUUCCCUCCUAAACAAGUGAACGCUGAUCCAAGAAGCUGUAAACACUGCUCCAAGGCUUUUGGAGCAUUAAAACCCCACAAUUGCAGACAGUGUCCAGAUCAACUGGUGUCUCAGUCCCUAAUAUAAAUUCACUCCAGGGUUGGAUGGGACCCGACACCUCAUCACGGGUGAGGCUCACAGUCUCCUGGUGGGCCAGGGCGGGUGGGUUCACACGAAGCAGCAUUGAGAUCAGUGACGUUUCAGGUUGUGAAUGGAACGAGUGACGCUAAUGUCGCAUCAAGCGGAGUUUGGCGUGUUAACUAAUCCUGUGAUGCAUCCCAUAGGGAAGUAUGGAUCCCACAGCAAAUAAACCAACAAGUCCUUUACAACAUCAAUCCUGAAAAUUGAAAUGUGUUUUUCUUUUUAAUUUAGGUUCUGGUUCAUUAUUGAUGUAUAGCACAGUUAAUGCAUUCAUUUUGUAAAAGAUAUAAAGCUAUAUUCAUCAAUUGUAGAAUCUCUUUGUCCAUUGCUCAAUCUUUUUUGUUCGCUUUCAGCAAUAAACCUAAUUCAUGUUUCAUUCA